GGGAGAAGGGCUUGGCUGCAGGGACCUAAGCAAGCAGCCGCCCUGGGGAAGUUGGAACAAUGCUGAGGCCUCUGCUGAUCCCCUUCACAUACUUCUGUCUUCAAACCUGGCUGGAAAUCCCUCAGGCACAAUGCCAGGUGGAGCUGAGCAUGAUGGAUGACGCUUUUGAUGACCAGUAUAUAGGAUGUGCUGAAAGAAUGGAUGGAAUUGCACCUGAACUGCUAGAGAAAGAAAAGUCCACAUCCUCAGUGUUUAGCACAGUGUGGGAAAACUCAGGGGAAAAAUGGAAACUUGUAAAGAAAGAGAUUUCUCUGCCCACAGGCUUUAAAGAUGAGCAUGGAAGAGCCAUAAUAGCCUAUACUGAUAAUGACUUUCACAGUGAGUUGAAUGCGGCAGUGAGAGAGGCUGGGAUAUCUCGAGCUCAUUACAUGGCCAGUUUCCAGUUCAAAGCCUUUCAUUAUUACUUGACAAGAGCUUUACAGCUCUUACGAGGGAAGUGUGAUAAGAUGUACAAUAUGACGGUGUACCGGGGGGUUUCUGUCAGAUUUCAGCACACAGGAUCAGGUCACAUUAGGUUUGGAUACUUCGCCUCUUCGUCUUUUAGUAUAGAAGUAGCUAAGAGAUUUGGCAUGGACACAUUGUUCACCAUCCACACGUGCUUUGGUGCUGAGAUCAGGAACUUCUCACGCUUUCAGGAGGAGGAAGAAGUGUUAAUCCCAGUCCAUGAGAUAUUCAAUGUGGCCCGAGGACAAGGGAGUAACAGCUUUGUCCUCUGGAGCACAAACCGGACCUGCAGCCAUUUUAACUGCGCAUACCUGGGUGGAGAGAAGAACCAAACAUGUGUUUACAACUCUGGUAAGACAGAAUCUUUUUCUUUACAUUGUUUUGAAAAUGAUUUGCCCUCUGUAUUGAAGUGCAGAGCCAAGAGCAACCCCACCAGGCAAACACGUUACAUGAAACCAGUUGAUAAAUAAGUGAGUUUAACUGUAGAUUCUGUCUAUUUAUCCAAUUUCUCAUAUGUCUCUCAUGACUAGUAUCUGAGCACCUUCAGGUCUCAAUGAAUUCUAAGUGUAGUUGAUUUCAGAAAAGAAAAUGUAGGGGGAAUUACUCCUUAGAGCACUAAAGAGUCAUCUUCAGUGUUCUGAACUAUACGCUGAAGACACAUCCACGACCCUACAACACAAGUGUGUCUCCAUCUCCCUCCUCUCAUAACUAGACCCAUUCUAUCCCCCAUGGAACAACAUCCUCUCAAAGGACUAAACAGGACUA